AUGGAGAGCCAAAAGAUCUCCGAUUUCCUCGCCGACCAGCUUCAGCAAGCUCCCGAACAAUGCCAGGCCCUCUUCCUCAGCUUCGAAGACUACUGGGAGCGCAAGCUAUGGCACCAGCUUACCGACGCUUUGAUUGAAUUCUUCCGCCUACCAGAGAGUGCGCCGCAGCGGUUACCCAUCUUCAAGACCUUUGUCCUUAGCUUUGCCGACAGAAUCAACCAGCUUAAGUUUGUCUCGUUGGGUUUGAUGGCUUCUUCGGAAUGCGCAGAUGACCAAGAGCGCCUAUCUUUCCUCACAUCUCUGGCAAACAAAGUCAACAAGUCCGAAACACAAGAAGCUUACGCCUACGCCCUUGCGGACGUUGCCAACGUAAAGCAAAGGCUACAGGAUCUGGAUGGAGCACAGAAGGACCUGGAGGUCUGCCAGAAGGUUUUGGAGUCGUUCGAUUCUGUCGAGAACGUCGUUCACGCUUCGUUCUACAAAGUCAAUGCCGACUACUACCACGCAAAAGAAGAGUUCGCUGCAUUCUACAAAAACGCCCUCCUUUACCUCGCCUGCAUCGACUUGGAGGAUCUGCCAGAGCCCGAGCGUGCUUCCCGCGCAUAUAACUUGAGUGUGGCUGCGUUAGUGUCGGACUCCAUUUACAACUUUGGUGAACUGCUGUUGCACCCGAUCCUGGACUCGCUCACCGAGACCCCACACACCUGGUUGCGCGACCUCUUGUUCGCUUUCAACCGUGGCGACUUGGCCGCCUACGACGUCCUGGCCGGCAACAUCUCCAAGAACCAGCUGCUGGAGCAGCACCGUAUCUUCCUCUACCAGAAAAUCUCACUCUCCGCCCUCACAGAGAUGGUCUUCUGCCGCCCCCCGCACGACCGCAACCUGACCUUCGCCUCCAUCUCGUCUGAGACCAAGGUCAAGCCCGAGGAGAUUGAGCACCUGAUCAUGAAGGCGUUGUCUUUGGGUCUGCUCAAAGGCAAGAUCGACCAGGUCGCCCAAGUGGCUGAAAUUAACUGGGUGCAGCCCAAGGUGUUGGACAUGAAGCAGAUCGAGGGUAUGCGGAACAGACUCAGAGACUGGGACGCUGGUGUCAACCAGCUGGGUCACUGGAUCGAGGGUGUUGGAAAGGAUGUGUGGGCUGCAUAG